GACUAUGCUCAUUUCAGGCGGCCAAUGGGAGGCGGUGGCCCGGAGGAGAUUUGGCGGUGGCUGCCCGGGACUGCGGGGCGGGGUUCGGGGUUCGAGCCAGAGUCCGGGGGGAAAGGGGCUAGGUGCUGUGGGGAUGUCACAGCCUUCUUUUCGUGGCAAUGCUCUCCGCAUCUUCGUUUUCCGAUGGGGAAACUGAGGCCCAGUGUGGCUAAGUGACUUGCUUGAGUUGACACGGGGAGAGCCAAGAUUCACUCCCUGGUCUUUCUGACCACACCUGCCUGCCUGGUGAUUUAGGGAAGCCAAGCCAGCUGUCAAAAGCAUGCCUCUGUGCCAUUGGGGUGCCACCACCAGGGACAGCAGGCCUGAUGGCGAUGGAGCUCAGCCCAUGGCCACCAGGGGAGGCCUGAAGGUCCUUCUGCACUGGGCUGGCCCUGGCGGCGGGGACCCCUGGGUCACCUUCAGCGAGGCCACACUGACCGCAGAGGAGGUCUGCAUCCACAUUGCACAAAAAGUCGGCAUCACUCCGUCCUGCCUCAAUCUCUUUGCUCUCUUCGAUGCCCAGGCUCAGGUCUGGCUGCCCCCAAACCACGUCUUGGAGAUCUCCGGAGACAUGAGCCUGACAUUGUACUUCCGCAUGAGGUUUUAUUUCCGGAACUGGCAUGGCACGAAUCCUCAGGAGCCGGCUGUAUACCGCUGUGGGCCCCCAGGGCCCAAGUCUUCCUCAGAACAGGCAGAGCAGGGGAUGCAACUGCUGGACCCAGCCUCCUUUGAGUACCUCUUUGAGCAGGGCAAGCAUGAGUUUGUGAAUGACGUGGCAUCGCUGUCAGAGCUGUCGAGCGAGGAGGAGAUCCACCAUUUUAAGAACGAGAGUCUGGGCAUGGCCUUCCUGCAUCUCUGCCACCUUGCUCUCUACCACGGCAUCCCCCUGGGGAAGGUGGCCAAGAAGAUCAGCUUCAAGGACUGCAUCCCACGCUCCUUCCGGCUGCAGAUCCGGCAGCACAACGCGCUCACGCGGCUGCGCCUGCGGAACAUCUUCCGCAGGUUCGUGCGGGCCUUCCAGCCAGGCCACGUGUCACAGCAGGUCAUCAUGGUCAAAUACCUGGCCACGCUCGAGCUGCUGGCACCCCGCUUUGGCACUGAGCGCCUGCCCGUGUGCCACCUGGAGCUGCCGGCCCAGGCCGUCGGGGAGCCCUACUACAUCCGGGACGGCGGGCAGGCUCCCUCAGAGCCUGGGCCGGAGUUGGCCACCGGGCCCCCCACUCAUGAGGUGCUGGUGACGGGCACGGGUGGCAUCCAGUGGCGGCCGAUACACGCAGAGGGUCCCAGAGGUGAUGGCAGCAGCAGGAAUCCCCGUGCUGGCCCAUUUGGGAAGAAAACCAAGGUCCCAGAGGUGGGCAACCAGCCCGAGGACAGGCCUCAGGAAGCGCCCUGGGCCUACUUCUGUGACUUCAAGGAUAUCACGCACGUGGUGCUGAAGGAACGCCACGUCAGCAUCCGCUGUCAGGACAACAAGAGCCUGGAGCUGACCCUGCCUUCCCGGGCCAUGGCCCUGUCCUUGGUGUCGCUGGUGGACGGCUAUUUCCGCCUGACCGCUGACUCGAGCCACUACCUGUGCCACGAGGUGGCUCCGCCACGGCUAGUGAUGAGCAUCCAGGACGGUAUCCACGGACCCCUGCUGGAGCCAUUUGUGCUGGCCAAGCUGCGGCCUGAGGAUGGCCUCUACCUCAUCCAUUGGAGCACCAGCCACCUCAACCGCCUCAUCCUCACGGUGGCCCAGCGUGAGCAGGCCCCGGGCACACAGCACCUGCACCUGCGUAAAUUCCCCAUUGAGCUGCAGGCCGGGGGCUUCAUGCUGGAGGGCUGGGACCGGUCCUUCCCCAGCGUGCGGGAGCUGCGGGCUGCCCUCCAGGGUUGCUCCCUGCGGGCUGGUGAUGACUGUUUCUCCCUGCGCCGCUGCUGCCUGCCUCGGCCGGGAGAGAUCUCCAACCUCAUCAUCAUGCGGGGGCAUCGGGCCAGCACUGGUCCGCCCAACCUCAGCCAGCUCAGCUUCCACCGGAUCUGCCAGGAUGACAUCACCCAGCUGUCCCACUUGGGCCAAGGCACGAGGACCAAUGUGUAUGAGGGCAUCUUACGAGUGGGGGGCAGAGGCCCCAAGGAGGGCACUGCCAAUGAUGAGGACCCCCCCACGCCCGGUGGGGACUGUGGGCAAGAGCUCCGAGUGGUACUCAAGGUGCUGGACCCCAGUCACCACGACAUCGCCCUGGCCUUCUACGAGACAGCCAGCCUCAUGAGCCAGGUUUCCCACGUGCACCUGGCCUUUGUACACGGCAUCUGCGUGCACGGCUCUGAGAACAUCAUGGUAACAGAGUACGUGGAGCACGGGCCCCUGGACGUGUGGCUGCGGCGGGAGAAGGGCCACGUGCCUGUGGCCUGGAAGGUGGCCGUGGCCCAGCAGCUGGCCAGCGCCCUCAGCUAUCUGGAAGACAAGAGCCUGGUUCAUGGUAAUGUGUGUGGCCGGAACAUCCUGCUGGCGAGGCUGGGACUGGCAGAGGGCACUAGCCCCUUCAUCAAGCUGAGCGACCCUGGUGUGGGCCUGGGUGCCCUUUCUAGAGAGGAGCGGGUGGAGCGGAUCCCCUGGACAGCCCCCGAGUGCCUAUCUGGAGGAGCCAACAGCCUAACCACUGCAGCUGAUAAAUGGGGCUUUGGUGCCACCCUCCUGGAGAUCUGCUUUGACGGGGAGGCCCCUCUGCAGGGCCGUGGCCCUUCUGAGAAAGAGUGCUUCUACCAGAAGCAGCACCGGCUUCCUCAGCCCUCCUGCCCGGAGCUGGCCACACUCACCAGCCAGUGCCUGACCUAUGAACCAGCUCAGCGGCCCUCCUUCCGCACCAUCCUGCGUGACCUCACUCAGCUGCAGCCCCAAAAUCUUGCUGACCUCUUGGCUGUGAAUCCCGACUCGCCUGCGUCAGACCCCACCAUUUUCCACAAGCGCUAUUUGAAAAAGAUCCGGGAUCUGGGCGAGGGUCAUUUCGGCAAGGUCAGCCUGUCCUGCUACGACCCCACGAACGACGGCACCGGUGAGAUGGUGGCCGUGAAGGCCCUCAAGGCGGACUGCGGCCCCCAGCUCCGCAGCGGCUGGAGGCGGGAGAUCGACAUCCUGCGCACGCUCUACCACAAGCACAUCGUCAAGUACAAGGGCUGCUGCGAGGACCCAGGCGAGAAGUCGGUGCAGCUGGUCAUGGAGUACGUGCCCCUGGGAAGCCUGCGGGACUACCUGCCCCGGCACAGCGUGGGCCUGGCGCAGCUGCUUCUCUUCGCCCAGCAGAUCUGUGAGGGCAUGGCCUACCUUCACGCACAGCACUACGUGCACCGAGACCUGGCUGCCCGCAACGUGCUGCUGGACAACGACAGGCUGGUCAAAAUCGGGGACUUUGGCCUAGCCAAGGCUGUGCCUGAAGGCCAUGAGUACUACCGCGUGCGGGAAGAUGGGGACAGCCCCGUAUUCUGGUAUGCCCCAGAGUGCCUGAAGGAGUGUAAGUUCUACUAUGCAUCUGACGUCUGGUCCUUCGGGGUCACCAUGUAUGAGCUGCUGACCUACUGUGACUCCAGCCAGAGCCCCCCGUCGAAAUUCAUCGAGCUCAUAGGCCUCACCCAGGGGCAGAUGACGGUGCUGAGGCUCACUGAGCUGCUGGAACGAGGGGAGAGGCUGCCCCGGCCAGAGAGAUGUCCUUGUGAGAUCUAUCUCCUCAUGAAGAACUGCUGGGAGGCAGAGGCUUCAUUCCGCCCCACCUUCCAGAACCUCAUACCCAUUCUCAAGACAGUCCAGGAGAAAUACCAAGGCCAGGCUGCCUCCGUGUUCAGUGUGUGCUGAAGCCUACCAGCAGCUCGGGGCGGGGUGGGGUGGGGGGACUGGAGCAGGCACCCACCCAGAGGGCCUCCCCGCCCCCAGAGGAACCUGACAGGGAGAGGUCGGCCUUACCAUUCCCCGUGCCUUAUUCCUGACUGGCGAUCCCACCUCUGUGAAGUGACUUUCCUUCUGUCUUACUCCCUUUGGGUUGCUGUAACAAUCCCACAGAUGGGGUGGCUUAUAGACAAAUUUAUUUCUCACAGUUCGGGAGGCUGGGAAGUCCCAGAUCAGGACUCCAGCAUAGUCAUGUUUUGCCGAAGGCCCUCGUCUUGGUUCAUAGCCCACACCUUCUGGCUGUGUCCUCAUAGGGUGGGGGGAACUCGGGAUCUCUCUGGAGUCCCUUUUAUAAGGAGACUUAGGAAGGCUCCACCCUCAUGACCUAGCACCUGCCAAAGGCCCACCUCCUAAUACCAUCACGUCGGGCAUUGGGAUUUCAACGGGAGAAUUUUGAGGGUAUGCAGCCCUUCAAACUGCCAUACCGUCCACGGUUGUGAGCCUGGCACAGGCGUCCGAGGGACCCAGGACAAGCAAGGACCUAAUCAGGCCCUUGAAUCCGAUCUUUUUGCCACCCCCUCAGCUCCCAGCCUUAGUUAACACCCACCAUUUCCAAUAGCUGGUAAUAAACUCAUCUUUUCUCUGCUGGAGGCUGUGAUCCUUGGGCCCUUCUUCAGCAAGUGCUUGCUCUCGUAGGGACUGCAGCUAGAGCAGGGUACUGCAGAAGAAGCCAGACUAAACUCUUCGACCUUUGCUCACCUCUGAGUCACCAGCUAGCAGGCCAGUACCUAGAGCACAGAAGGCUCCCAGUAACUACUUGCUACAUAGAUCAACAGAGGAUGGAGGCCUUGGAGGGGCUCUACCCCACGUAGAUAAGCCUGCCAGGUUCACCCUUUCCUGCCUGUGUGACUUCAGGCAAAUGGCUCUCCCUCUCUGGACCUUAGUUCUCAACUCUGAACUGGGCAUGGUCAUGCUUGCUACCUCAGAGGACUAAUGUAAAUAGCUAAUGAGGUUCUUUAUGUCAGAGGCUUAGCAGAGACACAUGGAAACAAUGUACUUAAUAAACAUUUGAUA